CACGAACAAGCGAAGCACCAGCACAAGACGACGAGACGACUGAGCAGCAGCUGUGGUGCUGUCGGUCGUGCGUGCGUGCGUGACACAGGUGUUGUGGGUGGGGGGUCGACAACACUUGCCGUCGCUGGUUCGCUUGCGGUGCGAUUUUCGCCACACACAAGUGCACAUUGCUCCUGAUGAUGACGGCAAGCCAGCCCAGCCGGGCCAGCAGCCGCAAAGCUGCAGCAGCCGCGCAAGCCAACGACAACGCAAACAGCAACGGUCACGUGGCUGCGUCACGCCGUCAGCAGCGACAGCAGCAGCGACAGCAGCAGCGACAGCAGCAGCAAAAACCAAAAGCAGGAGAAGUUGGGGUUGGUGGCGAUAGCAGCAGCAAUAGCAAGGCGCUGGCUGCCACGAACGGCAUCCCUCGCCGCCGCAGCGGUCGGGUGCGGAAGCCAGUGAUACGUGAAGGCGAUGCCGACGAGGACGAGGCGCAUGCGCAGUCCAAAACGAGGGCGCAGGCUAGUGCAUCGUCUGCAACGGCUUCGCCUCGUACCAGCAGGGCCCGCAACGGCAACGGUAACGGUAAGGGCCUGCACACACCUACUUCUGCGCCAGGGCCAGCACGUAACCGGCGCCGAUCCCAACGCAUCAAGCAGCAGGAGCCAGUUGAACCGCACAGCGCGCCGCACAAGCGACGCAGCAGCAGCAGCAGCACGAGUGGCAAUGGCAGCAGCAAUGGCAGCAAGGCCGCAACAGCAGCCAAGAUGCCAAAAACGAAGCAAGUGAAGCAGCAAGCGAAGCAGCAAGCGAAGCAAGUACAGAGGCAGGGGAAGACAGCAGCAAGGAACGACAAAAAUGCGAAGAGGUCGAAAGCAGGGUCUGCGAGAGAGGUGGCGCAGCAGCACCCCAAGAAGAAGCAACCCCAGCGUCGACGGAACCAGUUAAAGAAACCCAAGCUGAAGAAGGAGCCAAGGCACAAGAGGAACGGCAAGGGAGAUGAUGAUGAUGAUGAUGAUGAUGACGAGGAGGAUGACGGGGAGGAGGAACGCAAGCUCAAUGGAAUCAACACGGCAGAGCUGCAACGGACGACGAAGACACCAACGGAGAAACCAGGCGCUUUGCAGUGCCUCAUCAACGAGGCGAAUGCGCUGGAGGAAGAGGAAGAAGCGCAGCCGUCGUAUGAACGAGAGACGGAAACCUUUUGCUCGGCUGUGCGUGAGCUUCAUGCAAACGGCAUGCUGCAAACGGGGGACGUGUGCGAGUUCAAGGGCGUUGUCGCUGAGCUGGAUGGUGAUGGCGAUCUUGUUCUUGCGGACGGCCAGGUCUUCCCAACCCCCGGGAUGAUGGCUUGCAUCAUGCAAUGGAGUGGCUUCAGCAGCAAUGGUUGGAGCUGUGUCAAGUUCUACUCCUCAUCACCGCAAUUGAUGGAUGAUGGACCCACAUCUUCCACCAAAAGAGGAAAGCGAGCUCGCAAAUCGUCUGCAGCGGCCAAGCCAGCCUACUCCAUGCUCACCAUCGCACAGCUGCGCAAACAGCUUCUCAAGAAGGAGCAAGAGCGCCGGCAGCUAAAGAGGGAGGAGGAAGCAGCCAGUGGCCAGACAGCAGCGGCACCACUACCUGGCACGACACCCACCACCGCGGCUGCAGUUAAGACGGAAGCAAACGCAACAGCAGCCGACAAAGGAGAGAAUGGCGCAUCAUGUCAUGACACGAUGAACAUAGGAAAAGAUGAUGAUGAUGAUGAUGAUGGUGGUGGUGGUGGUGGUGAUGAUGAUGAUGAUAAUGAUGGCAGCAAGGCGGCAUCGCACAUUGUCACCAAACUUGAGGCCAGUGCAGCAACGGCAUCGCACGGCGCAAAUACUCUUUGCAGCCCAUUUUGGCGCCACGGCGUUACGGACCGAAUCUCCGGUCGUCUUGGCAGAUGCGUUGCCGGCACCUCCCCACUCCUCGCACACCUGGAGCUCUGUGUCCGCUGUGGAUCAAGCGGCGUGUUCACAGACGGCAAUGACAGCACCAAUAGCGGCUACAACAGCAGCAACAACAACAGUCACAACAACAGUGCCGAUGGUAAUGCUACAAAGAGCACACCGUCACCUUCAUCGUCCCUCGCGUUCGUGCACUGUCGCGUGUGCUGCCAGCCAUACCACCGCUUCUGCACCGGUGAUUCCAGGUUGCAAUCUGACGAGCGAUGGCGAGACGCGGCGGAACAGUGGAUGUGCAUCGACUGCCAGACGUGCUGUGCGUGCGGACAGGCGGAACCACGUUCCACUCUCCUCACCUGCGCCAAGUGCACGCGACACAUCCACUCGCAUUGUGCUGGUGAUGGCGUUCCCCAAGGACUCAAGCGAGACGACGUGUACAUGUGCUCCGCGUGCGUCGUAUGCACGAAAUGCGGCUCAACCUCGCCUGGAGAAUUCAAAGGCAGCACGUGGCACUGUCAGUUUGAGCUGUGCGAAGAGUGUCAUGGACAGACGCUCAAGGGCAACAUCUGCCCAAUGUGCGACAAGCUGUACAGCGAUGACGACUUCGACACUCCAAUGUUCUGCUGCGAAAAAUGCGAACGGUGGCUGCACGCGACGUGCGUUGACCCGGCGUUUAAGACCAACAUGGAGCUCUAUUACCUCAUCUCCGGCGUGCAAACCAUCGACUACCACUGCCAGGACUGCGUGCGCCUGUCUAAAGGAGUGCUCCCCGAUUUUGCGGCGCUCUGGAAGGCGACACAAGCGGCGUUUCAGGAGAGACUCGUUGGGUUGGUGGAGGACAUGAAGCAGCAGGAGGGGUACACUGCACUGGCAGCGGUCUCACCAGCACCGGUGCGCGAUCACACCAGCGAUGACACACGCACGCGCGCCAGCGAUGACACACGCACGCGCCCCAGCACUGGUACUGACGAGGACGGAAAUGAUGGGGAGGCUGAGGGCCACAACGGGAGCACGUUUGGAUUGGAACAGUUUCUGGAAAGCGUAGAGCAAGGGCUUUAUCGCCUUCCCUCCCGCUUUGCCGAUGCAUUUAAGGGACUGGUUGAAGGUUGCCUGCAAGCACACCUCGAUACCAUCAUGGUGACCCGCUGGCAGGUGGACGCCGCAGUUGCCUUGAAGAAGAGCAUCACGCACCUGGAGAAUGCAGCAAAACUGUUUGACUGGUGCAUGGACCAACUGCAGAAACGCACCAGUGUCGCCGAGUUCAAGGCUCCACCUCUGGCAAUGACGUACGCCGACAUCAAGAGUGUGCUGUCUCCCAAGCUGUUGUUAUUCGAUGGCACAUGGUGCCCGGCCACGCUUGAUGAGUGCGUCCAAUACGUUCAGGACGAAAAGGCCAAGAAAGAGGCAAAGCGACAAGCCGCACGAGAGAAAACAAAAGCAAGGAGGGCCAACCUGAAGGACAAUACCCCGAAGAAGCAGAGCAAGAGCAAGAACAAGAGGAGUAGAGGCAAGACGAGGCGAGCGCGGGCGAGCAACGCACAGGCACCACCAGCAGAGCCAACAACAGACGCAGCCUCAACAACUGCAGAGGAACAGGCAACGGCGUCAACAACAACCGCAACAGAAGCAGCAGCAGAUACAGCCGAUGCAGCAACAGCAACAGCCGAUGCAGCAACAGCAACAGCAGAUGCAGCAGCAACAACAGCGGAUGCAGCAACCGCAACAGUAUCAGGGGCAGCAGAUGCAACAACAACAACAACAAUAUUAGGAGCAGCAGAUGCAGCAGCAGCAACAGCGGUGUCUUCUUCGAUCGCGUCAUCGGCCGUCACGACACCGUCGACGUCAGCACAGCCAUCGCAGGGGUCGCACGUGGUGAGUAGUGCAUCGCAGCAGAGCGAGGAGCUGCAUGGCAGCCAGUCAUCAGCAACAGACAAUGAUGGUGGUGAUGGUGGUGAUGGUGGUGAUGGUGGUGAUGGUGGUGAUGGUGGUGGUACAACUGGUGGGCCAGGCACAGACCAUGCGCAGCAGCAGCAAGAGUUGCAGGACGGUGAGCUGGUUGCAAAGCGAGCAAAGCUGCAGGACGUGAAGCAAGAGCAAGCGACCGCGACCGCGGAGGUAGCAGUACUGGCAGGCGAGAACACAAAUGGAAGUGCGCAAGACGAAGCAGUGCAACAUGAACCACCCGCUGAAGCAAACGAGCAACAGGGACACAUGUACAGCUGCCUGGACAUGUCAACCCCGGCAAAUGAUGAUGGCGUGACUGUGCGGCUGUUCCAACAAGGAGAAGGCGGCGACUGCGGUGAUGAAGAUGACAUGAAGGAGUUGGUUGGGCGCUUGUCUGAGGACACGCGCAUGUGCUGUCUCUGUCACCAGCACGGCGAUUUGGAUCCGAAAGACGGUGGCAGGCUCCUCCCACUGGAGGUCGAUGGAUGGGUGCAUGUCAACUGUGCCCUGUGGAGCAGUGAGGUGUUCGAAGACACAGACGGCACGCUGCAGCUGCUUGAUUCCGCCAUUCGUCGCGGAAAACGCAUGCGGUGCACGACGUGUGACCACACCGGCGCCACCAUCGGCUGCUGCUCCUCUUCAUGUAAAGGCAACUUCCACUUUGGGUGUGGGCUUGACAGUAACACGCUCUUCCUGAGCAAGGAGGUGUUCUGCAAGACACACGCGCAGCGCCUUCCCGGCCACAAGACUGACAUGGGUCAAUUUGAGGUGCAACGCAGCGUAAUUGCACCCCCAAUGCACACGAGCGUGGAGGAUGUCCUUGAAUGCCUCAAGCGACCAAACCCCGCAGACAGAAAACUCAACGCACUGUCGUCUGUGGGUGCGCGCACACUUGACUUUCAGAUUGAUGACCUGCUGGUGCGCUGCGGUGGACUUGCCGUGAUUUGUUUGGGCGCGAUCAAGCACACGUCCCCAGCCAUGCACACCCGUACCCGCAUCUACCCGGAUGGGUUUGCGAGCGUGCGCACCUUCUUUGACCUCCACGACCCUUCAACGACAGCCGUGUACCUGUGCCGCAUCUGCACAACGCCAGCACAGCAGCAGUCGCAACACCAACGUAAGUCACAGCACGACGGGAGCCAAGGCAACCAGAACCACGCGAGCUGUGGUGAUGACCACACGGUGCCUUCGUCACAAUUGUCGGCGUGCGCUUCCUCACAAACGAAGAGCGAGAGUGUUCCUCGCUUUCAAGUCAUCUACCUUCCACCCCGUCCUUCCCGCGACACAGCAGCCACAUCCACAUCAGACGCACCAACAACCACAUCCACAUCAGACGCACCAACAACCACAUCCACAACUAAAACCACAGCAGCAGGGACAUCAACGGCGACCAACACCGCUCAGCGUCGUGCUGUUGUGUUUGAGGGCCCGACACCGGAAGCAGUGUGGUCGCGUGUGAUUGCGACGCUCCGCACAAACGGGUGGGACAAGCACGACGUCGCAAGGCCGCCAGCGGGCGUUCACCUGUUUGGCCUGGACGUCCCAUAUGUGGUGCGGUUGAUUGAAGCACUCCCCAAUGCCGCUCGCUGCGAGAAGUACGAGUUUGUGUUUGCGCGGCCGCCACCGCCGGCUGACGAGGCGAACACGGGGCGCGUGAACGCAAACGGGUGUGCGCGGUGUGAGCCGCUGUCGGUGUUGCGGAAGAAACGACAACGGCGGCGUCCGCACGCCACGCUCGCUGCUGCAAACGCGGGCACCAGCACCACUGGCACCACUCAGGCGCCAUCGUCGCUCGCAAUUGCUGGUGGUGGGGACAGCAGCAGCAGUGGUGGUGCGAGUUCUGGUGGCGGCAGCGCUAGUGGUGGUGAUGGAGCAACGAACGGCAGCGGGAACGGCCGUCGCGCUGCCCCCGCAAGUGCGAUGGGUCACAUGCAGAGCCACCUCUCGGACGCCAUGCAGUACCGGCAGUGCAAAGAGCGCAUGCGGGAGACGGUGCGCGUCGGCUACUCGAAGAUCCACGGGUUUGGGCUGUAUGCCCAGCGCGACAUUAGCGGCGGCGAGAUGAUCGUGGAGUAUGUUGGGGAGGUGAUACGGCCAGAGCUCACGGACAAGCGGGAGCAGUUCUAUGACGCACGCAACAUGGGCAGUUACAUGUUCCGCAUUGACGACAAGCAGGUGGUGGACGCAACGCUGACGGGUGGGCAGGCGCGGUUUGUGAACCACAGCUGCGACCCCAACUGCAUCUCACGCAUCAUCUCCACGGAUCGCGGCAAGAAGAUUGUCAUUGUGGCCAAGCAGCACAUUUGCAAGGGUGACGAGCUCACAUACGACUACCAGUUCCCGCUGGACGACGACAACAAAGUUCGCUGCUCGUGUGGCGCUGCCAACUGCCGCGGAUUCAUGAACUGACGCGCAACGCAGUUGUGUGUUUGUGUGUGUGUGUGUGUGUGUGUGUGUGUGUGUGUGUGUGAUGCCUAUGGAAACGAUGGCUUUUCGCAGCAGUGUGUGUGUGGCACCGUCUUUCUGUUCCUGCUUUGCCUGUCUCCCAUGACUAUGAGUUGCUGUGGGUUGAUGAACGUUGCUAAGUGUGUAUGGCGACGGAUGCUCGCCGAGCACAAGCUUCGUGCGUGUUACAUUCAAUAAACGGCU